UUUCAUUUCUUUUCCUCCUUCCUUGUUCAUUUUUCUUCGACCUUGUGUGCUUCUCAAAUAUUGAUUACCAUUGAUCACCAUUGAUCUCUCACUCCCAUCCUUCCUUCAUUGCUCUGAAGAUCCCCAUAGACACUCUGCACCCAUCCUUGUCCCCUCACGGCCAACCAGCACUGAUUCUAUCCACUUACCAAUAACAUUUGCAUAGCUCUUAUUCAUCUUCAUUUGACAUCCUUUUACCCUUUACAUUCCACUCCAAUAUCUUCUGGUUCCUUUCUUCGUCCUCUAACUCUUUUAUUAUUUGGAGAUCCAUAACGACAUGGCAGAUAGUUCAGCAGACAACAAUCCUAAUCCUCCACCGACCUACUAUAAAUUCAUCGGCAUGGCCUUAGCUGUGUCCAGCGGCAUAUUUAUCGGCUCUUCCUUUGUCCUGAAGAAAAAAGGAUUACUACGGAGCAGUGCAGUAGCAGGAGAAGGGCAUGCAUACCUUAGAUCUAUACUAUGGUGGACAGGCAUGGUAAUGAUGAUUGUUGGUGAGAUAUGUAACUUUAUUGCCUACUCUUUCGCACCAGCACUUAUCGUAACACCUCUCGGGGCACUCAGUGUGGUCGUCUGCGCUGUCUUGUCAUCCAUGGUUCUCAAAGAGAAACUCAGUUUGACUGGCAAAAUUGGAUGCGCUCUCUGUAUUGUUGGAGCAGUCGUCAUUGUUCUUCAUGCACCAGCCCAGGCAGCAGUAACUGAUAUUGAUCAGUUUAAGAGAUUUGUGAUACAGCCAGGUUUUUUGGUCUACAUGUGUUUGGUCAUCAUUGGAAGCCUGGCAAUUUUGUGGAGACUUGCCCCAAAAUAUGGCAAGAAACAUCUUCUAGUUUAUGUCUCUGUUUGUUCGUUGAUCGGAUCGCUUUCUGUUGUAGCGACUCAAGGAUUGGGGGCUGCCAUUGUUCUCAAUAUCACCACAGGAACACCUCAGUUCAACCAUUGGUUCAUCUAUGUCACCAUAAUCUUUGUCGCCUGCACCCUCAUUACAGAAAUCAACUAUUUGAACAAGGCUCUCAAUCUGUUCAACACUGCCAUAGUCACUCCUGUUUAUUAUGUAUUCUUCACGGGCGCCACGUUGGUAGCUUCUGUGAUCUUGUUUCAGGGAUUUUCAGCAAGCGCUAUUUCCAUUAUGACAGUCGUCAUGGGAUUCAUUGUCAUCUGUGCUGGCGUUGUACUUCUUCAGACCUCUAAAUCUGCUGCGCUCUCAGAGGCAAUCAUCAAACCAGGAAGCAGUUUAGACAUGCACGCAGAAGAGGACAUUGCAAGCACCAAUACGGACAGCGAAAAGGAUGAUCUAGAACUGGAGCCGGGUCCUAUUGGUGUGCGUGCUGUACCCUUUGUUGCCAUUCGUGAGAUGGUCAGAGCUAGUACGAUGCCUAGCACUUCUACUACGUCUGUUACAGGCCAUGGACAAAACUGCGAUGGCGAAGGAGCUCACUCUAUCCAUGACGACCACUAUACCAACGCAAAGUUUUUUAAUCGAUUGAGACGGCGCUCUGAAUAUUCCUUGGCUUCCAGUUCAACACAUGGUCAGAAUCUGCAUUUUCCACAACAUGGAAAUGCCGCGGUGCCUCAGGAUGAAUCAAGCGGACAAGUUAGUAGUUCAUCACCACCUAGGCCAGCGGCCUUAGCCCCAAUUUCAGAAAAAGCAGAAUACAAUGAGAAAGACGAUCCGAUCUCGGAGACGAUACCCAGUUAUGAGCCACCUAAAUAGUGACUUCAACUCCCUGCCCUUCCCUCA